AUGAAGCUAAUGAAGUCACAAGGUGCGCGCAGCAGACAGCCAACAGAACGAGAGGUAGCCGCAACACCAAAUCGUUCUUCGUUUAGCAGUGGCCGAUUGACCCGAGGUGGAGCUGCACGGCAGAGCACUUCAGCUUUGGUACCAGUUAGAGAGAAGCAGGCUAGAUGUCAAGCAUGCGGUCGGCAGCAUAGUACUUCAACGUGCAAAUUUAGAUUGUACACAUGCCGUGUGUGCAAUAAAGAGGGGCACCUUAUGAAGGUGUGUCCAAAAUACCGGUCAGGCCAGGUGUGUGCCCAGCCGGUGAAACGACUUGAAGAAACCUCGAGUGGAGAGGACACCGAUGAAGAAAUUAGGGAGGUAGCUCUACUGAAGAAAGAGUCCUUGAGGCACAAAGAAAACAAGUUGAAAAUGCAAGGGGCACCCAACGAAACUUUCAAGUCGGAGACCCAGUGUGGACAAGAGAUUUCCGGCAAAACAAAAAUUGGU